AUGGAAAUCGCGAGUGGAAGAACAAACCUUGACACUUCCCGGUCUGAAGAGAGCAUCCAUCUUAUUACCCUAUUGGAAGAAAAGGUGAAGAACGGUCAUUUGGUAGAUUUGGUUGACAGGAACAGUAAUGACAUGCACGCACAUGAGCAAGAUGUAAUUCAGAUGAUGAAGCUCGCGAUGUGGUGUUUGCAGAUUGAUUGCAAAAGAAGGCCUAAAAUGUCGGAUGUAGUCAAGGUCUUGGAAGGUACCAUGGAUGCAGAGAGCAAUAUAGAUCAUAACUUUGUUGCAACAAACCAAGUGAAUUUUGGUAUUGCUGGAAAUGCAACACCUUCGGCUCCACCUCUAGCCUCAGAUCUAUCGGGCCCGAGGUGA